UGAGCUUCAACGCCUUUUGAAACGCAACCACGAUCUCGGCACUAUUCGUAAUUCGUCACGAUGUCGACCUCCGCGUUCGUAGCCCCCGACGUACAGCAGCGGUUGACCAAGCUCUCUGUGUGUGCUAUCGCCGAUGCCAUGGCUAAGUUGAAAAUCCAGGGCCACCUCCUGGAUGUGAGUCUCGUGCGCGGUUUCAACACUCCCCUGGAAACGGACAUCUGCGGGCCUGCGUUUACGGUGCAAGUCGUGCCUGCCACAGGCCCCUCAGUGAAGAAGUUGCCAUUCCAUUACGUGGACAAGACCGAGCGGGGCCAGGUAAUCGUCAUCAGCGCACCCAACGGCAGCACCUCUGGUGUCUUUGGUGGACUAUUGGCCACCGCCUCCAAAGCACGCGGUGUUGCAGGUGUCGUGACGGAUGGACGCGUCCGCGACGUACAGGAGAUCAGCUCGAUGGGAUUUCCGGCAUUCUCUCGAGGUACAUCGGUACACGGACAACAAGGCACCACGACGGUGGUGGACGUGAACUGCCCCGUGGUUGUAGGAGGUUGUGUUGUGCGCAACAACGACAUCAUCCGAGGCGACGUCAACGGCGUGAUAGUCCUACCUGUUGAACACGCAGCUGAAGUUGCAGCCAGGGCGGAGAUCAUCGAAGAGCAAGACAACAAGGUCGCAGAAGCCGUCAAGCAAGGAGCGGGACUGCAGCAGUCCUUCAAGCGCUUCCGCUCGAAGCUGUAACACCGACAUCGCUUGUAAGCCAUCACGAUGUGCUUCAAGAGAACCUCUCAACGCUCUUCAUCCUGUACACGUGCAUGUAAGAGCUCCACUAAGCAACAGUAAAAUGUAGCCUUGAAGAUCCAAUUAUCGUACUUAAUCAAGUCAGCGCCACUUGAAGAUACCGCGCUUCCAGCGUUCGCUCAGGAAUCGUCUGGAGCUCGUGAAGCGCCUGUGAGAGCUGCACACUGUCCAGCAGACACUCGCGCAGUUCCGUCGCGCUCUGCUGGCUCUGCGCCUGAGUGGUUAAGUACUGCAGCGCAUCGUCCAAGAAGCUUUUGCAGUCCUGUACGCAGACGACCUCCAGUUCUCUAACGACCACAGAGUUCAUAUCCAUGGCGAUGGUCGAUCGCGGCUGUAGCUCCAGUCGAGAUCUGUCUACGAGCACCAUGCAGCCCAUCGACUGCACCAGCGACGUGGCGAACUCGACGGAAGGCUCGGAAGCAAUGAGAUCCACAACAACAUCCAGCGCCAACUCGGUCUGUCGCGCGAUCACUUGAGCCACGGCUGCAGGCUGAUAAAUAUCUAGAGGAGUGAGGGCGACGUGCUGCGACCACACGGAAGUGCUGACUGUUGACGUUGAGAACACGUGGAGAUUAUGCGGUGAGAACUGCGCGUGUUGAUACAGGUAUCGCGUCAACAGGUUUGAGAGGAUUGCCGACGGUCCGUCCGAUAGGAUCGCGAUGUUGGUCACUUGUCGCCUCUGCAACUCACUGGCGAUGGAGAGGACGACGGACAUGUCGUCGGAAAGCAGUGCCAAGUCAUCGGGGACGGCUGCAGGGACUGCCGACAGGUUGGAGAUUGGCAGCACGAUAAACUCAGCCAGAGCACCGCUGGAUGCACUUACACCGAUACAGGAGCUGUCAGAGGUAUGAAGGGGUUGAUCGACGUGGUGUUCUUGGUGCUCCUGCUUGGUAAUUACCGCGUCGAAGAUAUAUGGAGAGGCGACGACCUUGUCAAACAACUUAACAGACGUGUCCUCGCACUCUGACGGCUGCAUCUCCGUGAUGACGCCAACAAAGGACCUGCCCAACACGCCAUUCUUCCCCAGAAGUUUACCCCGACAAGUUUGUGCGUCAAAGAGGGAGGCUGCUGCUCGUACCACCUUCACUUUAGCCUUGCCCGUGUCAACAAUAUCACACGCGACUUGGCUGUAUGAGACUAAUGGCGAGUCUUCACUGCAGCGACACGUAGCUCUCAACGCCAUCAUCUCCACUAUCGAGCAAACUUCACCGUCGGUCAUCAUGUCGGCGUCGCCGAGUUUGCUGUCGUCCGUGCCUACCACCAACGAGCUCAAUAGCUGUCGCAGUUCUUCUCUCUUUGGUGGACUGAACUGUUCAUUGAGUGCUUCGAUAAAUUCACGGAAGCCGGACUUUUCGAUUAGGUCAACGGGUAGUUGCUCCUGCGCUAGCCAUCUUGCCAGUGCGAGCUUGGCGUCUCCAGCCUUGAGUACUGUGUCCUCCACCUGUCCCGCUGGCUGUCUGGCCGCCGUCUUCUCCUGUUGCGUGCGUCUGGUCCUGGAUGCAAGCACACUGGGCGACGCCUGAUUGCGCUGCUCCAGCAACUGCAGCAGCGCUCCGGCAUGAUGUCGCUCCAGAUGACGCGUGAGGUUAUGCGUCUUGUCCUUAAGCUUGGCGCCGCACAGCAGACACACGCGCGAGGUGACGUCCUCAGGAGCCCGAUGCGGGUACAAGUCCCGGAUGUCCACAGCGUGAAUGCGUGUGACCGUCUCGACCUCCGUCUCGUCCAACAUGGGAUAGUCUCGGACACUCGGGCGGUGCUGCACUUGCACCUGCACGUUGUAAACUGCACUACUCAGUGUUGCCUACACUUGGCUCCAAUAAAUCAGCCACUGACAUGGCUACAUCGAUCCACAUCAAAGGCAUGUUACGUGAAGGUCGACCGAUCGGAUUUCUGCAAAUUAAAGCAAAUAGCAAUAAUAUUUGCUUGCUUGUGUUCAAAAUAUAAG